AUGAAGAUGUUGCAAAUAGUUCUUACGUUAAUUGCCGCAGCUCCUACGAUUGCCAACCUCCAAGGCAGACACCGUUGCGGUGCGGCGAGAGCUUCACGACGGUCAGCUACAGAUACUGACCUACCCUAUCGAACCGACGUAAACUCGACGACACCAAUAGUCGUCGAUACUUACAUGCAUGCCAUUUCAAACUCGACCACUUCCGCUGCUCAUCUUUCUCGGGAAACCCUGGAUAAGCAAUUAGAAGUUCUUAAUCAGGAUUUCAAAGCAGCUCGCAUCUCCUUCAAGCUUCGGAAUGUGACUUGGACAAUCAAUGAGGAUUGGUCAAACGGUGCAAAAGGAAGCUACGAGGGAAUGAUGAAUACUCUCCAGCAGGGAGGCAAUGAUGCUCUCAAUUUAUAUUUCGUCGACCGAGUCACCCAAUCGGGCUUGCCAAAUUUCGCACCGAAUGAGAUCAGUGAUCUGCUCGGCUUUGCGUCCAUGCCUCCGGAUGCAAACGCAAGCGACUCUACGAGUAGUAACUGCGUGAUUAACUCGGGCACUACUCCCGGAGGCUACAUGAAUGGGACAAAUUUAGGAAGAACCGCGACCCACGAGGUGGGCCAUUGGUUUGGUCUCGAGCACGUAUUUGAAGGCGGUUGCAAUCCUGACCCAGCUCUUGGUGAUUUCGUCGCCGAUACCCCUGCCUCGGCUGAUAGUAGCACCGGAUGCCCGAUUGGUAAGCAUUCCUGCCCUGAUCUUCCUGGUCUUGAUGCAAUUCAUAAUUUUAUGGACUAUUCAGAUGACGAUUGCUCAAAUGAGUUUACGCGAGGUCAAAUUAUGCGAAUGCAUGCUCUAUGGGAGAAAUAUCGAAAGCCGCCUUCCAAGGAGAGCGCGCGUCCGACGAAUUGGGCUGCAGGAGGUAGAAUCAUCCAAAGGCCAUACAUGGGCAAACGGCAAGAGGCUUUUAAUAGGAGGGGCAAACUUCCUAUCGCUCAAGCGCCGGAGAUCAGGCAAACCCCCAUCGAUGAGUUGGGCCGAAAACAUCGCCUAUUCGCCAUGUGUUUCCCUACUUUGUUUCCGUAUGGCACUGCCGAUUGGCAUCAAGGCAGGAUACGCAAUGUCUCCCUGGCUGAUUGGGCGGAGCACUUCCUGAAGUUUCAUGAUGGAAGGUUCGGUGCCCGUCCCCGCUUUCGAUUCUUAGUCUUCAAUAUGCUCAUGAGAAAGAAAGCUCAAGAGGCUUCUGGUUUCUGGGUAAAGAAACGCCCGGAUCUCUUGGGUCUGUCACUCGACGAGUUAAAGGAGUUAUUAGGCGAGGAAAGCACUCUGCUCAAGAGCAUCGUUCGCUCAGGGGCAACUUUGACUGGGACGCGUCCUUAUUGGAGACAGAAAGAAAACGCUCUCAAAGCAACAGCCCGAUAUUUCGGAACCACAGGGACUGUUUUUUACACGUGGAGUUGUGCUGACCACCAAUGGGAUGAUCUCCAUAGGCAUUUACCCCGCUAUGAUCACUGGAGGGAUGGCACGGAUGAGGAUCGCCGAAAGAUCGCCUGGGAGAAUGUCCAGCGAUUCCCUCACAUUAUCGCCGCUUGGCUCGAUAUUCUGUUUAAGGCAUUCUUGAAAUAUGUUAUGACCAGCUUUUUGGGAUUAGACGACUAUUGGUUUCGGUAUGAGUGGCAAGCACGUGGUACAGGUCACAUCCAUUGCAUCAUCUGGAUGAGGGAUUCGCCCGCCAUGGGUGCCAGGACCCCAGAACAACGGGAGGCUUUUGCACAGUACUGGAAUAGGAAAGUUACGGCCGUUAAUCCAAAUAGUACAAGACCGCCAGACGCCAGGAAUCCGGCUUCUCUGCCGUUCAUUCAUAUCUGCAAUACCGAUGAACAGGUGGCAAUCUUCAUGAAUCGCUUUCAGAUGCACGCCAAGUGUGCCCCUGGAAGGUGCCUGAGGAAGAACAAGACCACCAAUAUUGUAGAAUGCCGGUUUUUCUUUCCUCGGGAGCUUCAAGAACGUGCUCUGGUCACGAAGAGCAUCAACAAAAAGAGCUGGAUGCUGGGUGUGCAACGCAAUGUGGAGCGCCUUGCCCAGUGCUCGCCAGUGAUGGCUCUUGGGUGGUUAGCAAACACGGAUUUGCAGCCAGCGGUUACAUACAAGGGGCUUAUCCUCUAUGUGGCGAAGUAUGUAUCAAAGCCAGAAAUCAAAUCUGCAUCAUAUCAAGAGUUGCAGGAUCAGAUUCUGCCAUAUGUCAGUGAUCAUCGUCCAAUUACUUCCUUUGCGGCCAGGCUGCUCAAUAAGCUUGUUGGGGAACGUGAUUGGUCGGCGCAAGAGAUUUCCCAUAUCCUGCUUAAGAUUCCCCAGCAAAAGUCGACUAGGCAAUGCAUGGUUUUGGAUUGUCGUCCUGACCAGGCUCAAGAUCGCCAUAUUCAGUUUGAUGAUGGUGAGGCAGGGGAAGAAAUGAUGUUGAGAGAAGGGCUUUCGGCGUACAAGCGGUACAAACUGAGGGUUGAGCACGCCAGUGGUGGAGAGCACUUGAGGGACGUGACUCUGAUCAACUGGCUGCAGCACUACGAUGUCAGCAAGUUUCAACGCCUCUCUAAAGGAAAACCGCGGCCUGUGACGUUCUUCCCUCGCUACAAGUCAAACCCGACCGACGAUGAGUAUGAGGACUACUGUCGAGUGAAGAUGAUGCUGUCGCAUCCAUUCGAAAAGGUGGAAGAUCUUUUGCAAGUUGAUGGAUUUCUUGCCGAGACCUUUCAGGAAGCAUACGAACUCUGCUGCGAUAACCACAACCAUGGGGAUGACCUUUACGAUGAGUUGGAUGUCGACGAUGAUGACGCAGAGUCCGAUGGCGAUGACGAGUUUGAAGCCGUUGACCCAUCCCGGCCCACUCCUCCUGCACCGCUUGCAGACUUCGAAACCUACGGGCUUGCGCACCCGGGAAACGACUUGACGCGAGUUGAGGAUGGCGAUAACUUGGGAGAACGGGAUUCUGAUCGAGAAUAUGACUGGAGCCGUCACGUAGGCAAGUAUGAUAUUGACCCAUCGUUUUGGCAUGUUACUAAGCGUGCUUUUCCGGCGGAGCAACUUCUCCCGUCUCUGAACUCUGUUGAUUUACUUAACGGCGAGCAACGUACGGUCUACAACCUGAUUGUCGAUCAUUACAGCGAUUUUCUUGCUGGAAGGAACCCUCCCCAGUUGAUGGUGAGCCUCGAUGGUGUCGCAGGAACCGGCAAGACAUACGUGCUUUUACAGGCAAUUAAGAAACUGGAAGAAAUGGCUACUAUUGCAGGAGUCAGAGACCCUGUUUUGCGGGCUGCUCCGACUGGGAUCGCUGCCCACAAUUUCCACGGCCGCACGUUACAUAGCCUUUUUAAGAUUCCUGUCAAAACCCCCCCGCAGGGGCUCUCUCAGAAACUCUCAAGAUCGAACCUGUGUUCUUUGCAAGCUCUCUUCAAACAUUGCAGAUACCUUAUUAUUGAUGAGAAGUCUAUGAUUGGCAUUAAAUUCUUGGGCCUCUUGGAUCAACGUCUCAGAGAAAUCUUCCCAGCCCAGUGUAUUCAUCAGCCCAGCCUCGCUUAA